GUCUGUGCCUUCAUCAAGGAAAUUUUGCCUUUUAUUCAGAGGCUUGAGUUGGCUCCAGUCUGCUCUCGCCCUAGCUGCUCCACCUGCUGGUGGCAGGGAGCUACUGCACCUCAGGAAAUUAUUUUUAAUUGCAUUAUUUUUCCUUUUCCAUUUAAUUUACUUUAUUUUCUCUCAAUUGAUUCAUGUGAUUUAAUUGAUUGAUUUAAAUUGACUACAGCCUUUGGGCAACAAUAAUUUUACACUUAACUUGUUAAAUUUUAUUUUAUGUUAUUUUUAUUAAAUUGAUUAUUAAUUUCAGUUAAAAUAUUUAAUUUUAAUUUUAUUUAUUUAAUUUCCUCUGCAGAGGCCUGAGCAUUCCCCCUCCCUCCCCUUCAUAGGGAGUGGCUUUUUGGGGCCCGGCCUAGUCCGGCCCUGCCGUGGGGACUUUGCUUGGUCUUGCUGGGUCAUCAUAGCCUGGGGGCGCUACUUGUGCUUCACCUAAUUGGGGAGCAGGGUAUUGCAUUUGCAAAUUUCCUCUGUUUAGCUCACGGUUUUCCUUGUUAUUCUACCUUUUUGAUUUAUUUCCCUCAGGAUGGCAGCUCAACCAUCCACAUCUGGGAACACGAAGAGGAUCAUUAAAGGAUCAUCUCAGAAGGUGUACCUCAGGAAUCUGUGCAAGCCCCUGUGCCGACAGCGCCACAACAGGUUUCUACGGCAACCAUCACGGAACUGCCUGCGAUGUCCUCUGAACCCGCUUCCACCAGCGAUGAUGACAUCAUCCCACCCUCUGGCUUCCUGCUACCGGCUGCUUCAGCCACACCAGUGGUUGUGCCGCCUGCCCCCUCCAAAAAGGAAUAAGGGGAAGCAGCCGCGUCGACCCAGGAAGGAGAGGCCUGCUAAAGGGGGUGUUAGCGGGGUGGUGCAGGAUCCUCAGGCUGCGGCCUCUAGUAACGUCUUGGUUUCGCCUGUUUCUAUCCCUCAGUGUUCGGCGGUGGCCCUGAGGCUAGACCUGCCUUCAACUUCCUCUGCUGAGGACACCCUCCCGGUGCCGGCCAGGACCUCUCGGGGUGGAAAACACCAUCGCAAGAGGCAUUCCCGCAAAUGUGCGAAGAGACGUAGGGACAACACUUCGGUUUCUACUACCACAGAGGCAGCAGCCUAUCUGUGGGAUGGUUUCUCCUUCGGGUUUCGGAUUCCGAUAGCUUCGGUGCCCCUGGCUAGGAAUCCAAGGAAUCAGAAGUCGGUGAGACACCGCCUUUCCCCAAUUUGCACCUCUCUCCCGUGGGAAUCGUCCCCAAGAAGGCUCCUGGUGAGUUUUGCCUCAUACAUAAUUUGUCCCACCCCAGGGACACAUCUGUCAAUGACGUGAUUCCUCCGGAACUCUGCACAGUGAAAUACACUUCCUUGGAUCAAGCCAUGAAAAUGAUCCGGAAGUUUGGGCCAGGUGCCUUAAUGGCAAAGUGUGAUAUCGAAUCAGCAUUUAGACUCCUGCCGAUUCACCUGCAUGAUUUUUUGUUACUAGGCUUUCAAUUUGAUGGCUCCUUUUAUUUUGAUAAAGCCAUACCGAUGGGCUGCUCUGUAGCCUGCGCGGCUUUUGAUUGUUUCAGCACCUUUCAGAACUCAGAUGCAGCGGGCUCAUUGGGAUUCGGUUUGUUCUUGAACGGCAGAUGGUGUGCACAACGUUGGCCUCCUGCAUGGCAGGUCACGAAAAUUACACGGGAUUUAACCUUCCUUGAGUUUUUUCCCAUUGCAGUGGCAGUCCAUAUUUGGGUUGACGACUUCAAGGACCGCCGUGUAUGCUUCUGGUCCGACAACCAGGCCAUGGUGAAUGUCCUUGCAAAGCAGUCCUCUAAGUCAACUUGGGUAUCGGCUCUGCUAAGGCCUUUCAUUCUGCAGUGCCUGCGCUUCAAUAUAAUUUUUUCAGCACCUUUUGUUCCUGGCAUAUCCAACGAUAUAGCUGAUGCUUUGUCCCGCUUUCAGAUGGAGCGCUUCAGGUCCCUGGUUCCAGACGCCCAGCCACUGCCAGAGUUUUUCCCGGAUCGUCUAUGGAACCUUGGCAGCUGCUAGUCUUGCAGGGAGUAGCAGCUUCUGUUUCCCCCUCUACUCUGCGGGCUUACCAAAGAGCCUGGACUGACUUUUUAGCUUUUCACUAUUAGUCCCUCGCGGUGGGGGGAACGACCCGUCCCUCUUCUUCUCAGGUGCUCCAAUAUUUGGCGCACCUUUUUCGAUUGGGAAGGGCAGCCAGGACCAUCAAGCUCCAGUCUGCGGCUAUUUCCUUUUUCUCUAAAUUAUUUUUUCGUAGAGACCCUUGCACCAAAUUUGUGGUGCGCAAGGACAGGGAGGGUUGGGGUAGAUUGUGUCCUCCUAGAUCCCCUUCGAGGAGCCCAAUCUCCUUUGGUCUCCUUAGCAGGAUGCGGCUGAAGUUAAGAGCUUUAUGUUGGUCCAAAUUUGAGGCCCGCUUGUUUUCCGCCGCCUUUUCAGUGGCCUUUAUUUGGGCCCUGAGGAUUGGCGAAAUUGUUGUCGAGCAGGUACAGCAGGGGAUGUCUGGGGGUUUACUCUUGCAGGACGUACACUUGUCAACGGCCGAGCUGUUGCUGACUAUUCGGAGCUCCAAGACUGACCAGCCGGCAGGGGCGCCGCCAUGCGUCUGCCCACUACUGGGCAGUCGGGCCCCUGCCCGGUUAAGGAUAUGUCCAAAUACUUGGCUGAUAGGCAUGCUGAGGAUGGCCCCCUGUUUUUACAUCAGGAUGGAGCUCCGUUGACCAGGCAACAGUUCACCAGGGUAAUGAGGAAGGUGAUAGCGGCCUGAGGUUGCAUGGCCGCUGAUUACUCUCCUCAUUCAUUUCGUAUUGGGGCCGCCACCACGGCGGCCCAUUUGGGCCUCUCAGUUUAAGGGAUUAAGGAUUUGGGCAAGUGGAAAUCUACCGCUUAUAAAUCAUAUGUUAGGAAGCGUCGCUAAUCUUUUUAUUUGUUUCCGCUGUUUCUCCAGGACUUGCGGACGUGCACAUAUGGAUGGUGGGACACUCCAUAGUCCAUUGGGCAGGCCUUCGCGCUGGUUGAGACAGAAUUCGGUCUUCGGCUUGGCCUUCCUUCUUACGUCCACGUGACUUGGAUGGGCAAGAGAGGCAUGCGCUGGGGGGAACCCCCCCUUGCUCCAGCGCAAAGUUCUUACGCUUGGUUGCCCGACUGCCCUGGUGAUCCAGCUGGGUGAAAACGACAUCCCCGCUUUGGACUCUUUCUCGCUGCGCCUGGCUAUCCUGCGCGAUAUGUUGGAGAUACGGACCUUGCUCCCGGGCACCGCUAUCUUCUGGUUGCAAUUGUUGCCAAGAAUUCAGUGGCGGGGCAGCAUUUGCCCUUUGGCCGACGAAAGAGCCAGGAAGCGGGUCAAUAGCGCAGCUGCCAAGCGGGUGAUUGAGAUUGGGGGUAUGUUAAUACAGCAUCCCGGAAUUAACGUUAGAGCCCCUCACCUAUUUCGGGAUGAUGGGGUUCACCUAUCCCCAGCUGGGAAUGAUGUUUGGUUGGGGGAAGUUGCAGAGGGUGUAAAAAGAUGAUUAGGUCUCUGAGUGUUGGCGGCAAGCCUUUGCGGGAUUGAUUGGCGGUUAGGCUUUUGGUUAUUGAAUCGGUUGGAAGAGGGGUGUGACAUCCAGAUCCCUACACCCCCACCUUUUGUUGCUCCACAUAGAAGUAUUCCGUUAAAGGAAUCCUGGGGCUUACGCUCUCGUCCUUAUAUCCCCGCCUAGGCGGGGCUGGAGGGGCCAAUUAUAAGAGUACGAGCCUUGGGGAACAUUCUUGGAAAAAGAAUGUCUGGCCUCAGCUACCUCCUUUCCCAGGGGUGUUCACUUGACUUCCCUUUACCCUUGGGAAAGUCGUAGCUGGUACUGUCCAAGUGGACAGUGGUGAGUCCUGUCCCAAGUGGACAGAUGAUGUGAGUCCUGUUCCAAGGGGACAGAUGAUUGAGUCCUGUUCCAAGGGGACAGAUGAUUGAGUCCUGUCCCAAGUGGACAGAUGAGUUGAGUCCUGUCCAAAGUGGACAGAUGGAGAUGGUCCUUCUUAAGGAAGGAUGAAUGGUUAACCAAAAGCCUAAGCCAACACUCGGAUUAAAAAUUGUAUUUAAAUAAAGUUGUGGCCAAAAUUAAUGCCAAAAACCAAACCUAAAUUAUUGUGUCUGUUGUGAGUUAUUUAAGGGUGAUUUCUGGUAAGCCUCGACACACAAAACCAAUAAAUAUAUAUUAAAAAAACAAAGUGGUGCUCACCCAGUGUACCUGCUGAAGAUGAGUGGAUUCACAAUGCACUUGCUGGAGAAACAUGGUUUCACAAUUUCUUUCUAAAAUCACCAAGCUGCUCAUUUGGCUGAGUAAUGGAAGCCAAAGGAGAGAAAAAAACUGGGAAGCUAUGGAGCCCUUUUAAAAUCUAUACCAGGAGUGGGGAACAUCAGACCUGAGGGCCAAAUGCAGCCACUGCCUGCCUCUCCACAGAGUCCAGGAGAGGGUUAGAGUGCAGGUGGAGAGGAGACAUAGGCAGAUGUGAGGCGAUGGGAACUUUCGUCUUGGCAACUAAUUUCAUGGAGUAAAACCCACAGGAAAUGAGCUGUUGUGCUCAUUAGGCCUGACACUGUGAAAAUUGUGUUUUUACUAAGAAAGAGUUAACUCAAACUUUUGUGAAACCAGCAGAAACCUGAGUCCCCCUAAAAAAUGGAGGCAAAGCUUGCUGGCUCUCUUUAACUGUGAGACCGAAUUGUCUGCCUCAACAUGAGCUGUUACAUGGCUGAAAUGUGUCCCAGUAUAGGACUGUACUUGAUUCCCCCAGGAAUUUCAAAACGACACUUUAAAAAGUAUCCGAAUUUGUACACGAGUGGCAGGCCACAACAAACUUUAAAGUAAAUACCUUAGAAUUCUGUAUUUACUGAAUCUAAACCUCAUAGUGAGUUAUAAAUAUCUUUUAUUGAAAGUGCAUAACUUACAGUAUGUAUAAUAAAUUGAAAGUUAUAUGAUAAAAAUAGAUCUGUAUAUACAGAAUGGAAUUUGUAAAUGAAAUAAAGUUGAACAUAAGGAAAAGAAAUAAAGGAAUAUAAGGAAAUGAAAUGAAGUUGAUCAUAAGGAAAUAAAUUAUAAAAAAUGGAAGAGAAAAUGUGAAAUAUAAUGGAUUUAAAUAAAAUAGGCAGAAGAAGGAAGAGGGG